AUGGUAGAUGAUGGAGCUAGAAAACUGGCUGCAACGCAAAUCUGUCCUGGAUUUUGUGGUCGUGUUACAUCACAGUGGUCUCCUGGAAAUAUUUCGUAUUCUUCAUGUCAGGCAUGCAGCUGGGGUUAUCGAAGUAUCGAUAAAUUCUUAUGUACGGCUUGUGAGGAACCUUUAUUGCUCUAUGAUUGGCUUUAUUUGACCUUCAUUGCCGUAAUUCCACUUUUAAUGCACAAUUUUUUCAUAUAUUUUUAUUCUAAAUACAGUAAUCGGCUGUAUCAAGUUUCUCAGUAUCUAUGCUGCUUUGCUGAAUGUUUUAUUUCUGCAGUUGUUUCUGUUUUAAUAAUGCCACCACAAGGAAGUUUUAAACUAUAUGGUUGUUCGAAAACACACCUUCGUGAAUGGUAUCCAAUAUUUUAUAAUCCGGUUAUUAAUCAUUCACAUGCUUUGCGAUGUACAAAUGAGAUUGUCUUUCCGUUAUAUUCCUUGCCAUUUAUAUAUUUUGCCAUGGUUCUGGUUUCUUUACUAAUUCUUCGCUCGUGUUUGUAUUUGACACUAUUGCGAGGUACUCGCGUUUCAUCAAGGCCAUAUUACGCUGCUCUAUACGCUAUACCGUUAAUUUCAUUAUGCCAUUCUUUACUGGCUGGCAUAUUGUAUUUUAUUUUUCCAUAUGUGGCGCUACUAUUCAGCCUUGGCUUAAAUGCUUUGCAUAUGGCAUUAGAACUUAAUAAAACAAUUCGUAGGAUGUGCUUAGAGAUGAUUACAAAACCACACAAUAUUUCCAUAUUAAUUGUACAUAUGGCCUUAUUCGGGUUUUCCCUUUUUUCUUUGCUAUCAAGUCGUCCGAUCUCGACUGAUAUGGUUAGUAUCGCAGUAACCGUCAUCAUUCUUGUACCAUUACCAUCGAUUUUUUAUAUUUUCACAGUUGGCAUCACUUUUCCAGUAUAUGUUCAUAGUUCAUCGUGA